AUGGCCGGGGGCCUGGGGGUCAGGGCCCGGGGGUCAGGGCCACCGGCCUGGCUGGCACUGGCCCUGGCACUGGCCCUGGCACUGCUGGGAGGCCCAGUGCUGGCCGCGGCGCAGCUCCUUUCCGGACAAGUACACUCUGAAAUCUCUCUGCCUCCUGGAGACAUCACAGUUACCAUAAAACUUGGACCUCAAGUUGGGACCGGGCAGCACUGUAAAAUAUGUUUUCACUUAUCCUGUGUGUUUGUGAUGACAGUCAAAUCUGGAGAAAAAAAAACCUUCUCUUUUAACUGCCUUAACCCAGAGAAAUAUUUUGUCCUCGAAAUCCAGAAGAAAAUCGAUUGUACAGCAGAACGCUGUCCCUCUGGAAACGUAAUGCUUCAGCCUCCAAAACUGCCUGCCCUGAACAGGACUUUCACCUGGCAUGUAAAAGCCGAUAAGAGGAUCGGCCUGGAAUUGCAGUUCCCUUCCCCUCGCCUAAAGCAGAUUGUGCCCGGAACCACCUGCCCGGAUUUGGUGAGCUACAGCAUUCGAGGCUCUGUUGACACCCGGAUGGUAAACAUUGGGACCUUCUGCAGCAACGGCACAGUGUCGCAAAUCAAGGUGCAGGGGGGAGUGAUCGUGGACUUAAAAUUACCGUGGAAUGAAAACCGCAACUCUGCUGGCUUCAGUUUUAAACACAGCUCUCCCAUAAAACGACUGUGCAUCAUCGAGUCUGUUUUUGAGGGUGAAGGAGCGGCAACUCUGAUGUCGGCCAACUACCCGGGCGGACUUCCGGAGGACGAGCUCAUGUCCUGGGCGUUUACCGUUCCCCCACACCUCCGUGCCAGCGUCUCCUUCCUAAACUACACCCUCGCCAACUGUGCCAAUAAGGAGCAGCGAGUGGAGUACCACAUACCGGGCUCAUCAAGUCCCGAGGUGUUUCCCUUCUCAGACAAGCAGCCAGGCAACAUCGCCGGAAAUUUCAACAUCUCCCUGUUGGGUUGUGACCAGGACAUUCUGAAUCCCGGGGCUCUCCGUUUACUCUUCCAGGUUCUGGUUCAGCAUCCCCAGAACGAAAGCAAUGUGACCUACGAAAUCGACUUGAGCACUGAAAGAGCCAUGAUAUUGGCCAUAGAACCAAAGCCAGUCCCGAUGACCCGGAACUACGUCCCUGCCUGCUUAAUCUGCCAGGGGCCCAGGAUCUGCAGUCCCAGUUUGGUACUAAAAUCAGGCUCCAAACACACAAUCUCUUUCCUCUGCAACGAUCUGAGGCGUCUGUGGAUGAUAGCUGAAAAAAACAUAACUUGUACAGAUGCCAGGUACUGCCUGGGAAAGAGCUAUGCCCUCCGUGUGCCUGGGGACAUCAUCCAGCUGCCAGUGGAAUUGCGUGACUUUUCUUGGAAGCUGCUGGCCCCCAAAGACAAGGUCAGCAUCGAGAUGACCCCGGUGCUGAGACUGCAGCAGCACACCCAAGAGAAGCCCUGCACCACAAGCUUUGGCUACAUCCUGGCCGGCGCCAUCCCCAGCCAGGAUCUCCGCUUCGGCUCCUACUGCCCCGGCGGCUCGGUGGCGAAGAUCCAGGUGAAGCAGAACUUCUCUGUGACGCUGCGGAAGUUCAGGGAAGGCUUCUCCAACGAGUCCUCCAAGCAGAGCCUGGAGGUGAAGUUUAUAGCUCCUUCCAAAGACGAGGGGCUUUUCACCGUGAUCCCAGACCCCAAGGGUAAAGUUUACCUGAGAACCCCCAACUGGGAGCGGGGGCUGCCCCCACUGGCCUCGGCGUCCUGGAACAUCACCGUCCCCAGAAACCAGGUGGCCCGGCUGGAGUUCUCCAAGGAGCGGAUGGGGGUGGCCUGCGAGACGGGUCGGGCUUACAUGAUCAUCCGAGAGCAGAUCCCCAAGGCAGAGGAGAUGGUCACCCGGGAGGACGAGUUGCUGCCCAAGCCUCGGGACCUCUAUCACAGCUUCUGGGUCAACGUCUCCAACUGCAGCCCAAUGAAAGGCAAACAGCUGGAUCUGCUGUUCUGGGUCACACUUUCCCCGAGGAAAGCCGACCUGACUGUCAUCAUUCUCGCGGCUGUCGGCGGCGGGGCCACCUUGCUGUUUGCCCUCGGACUCGUCAUCUGCUACGCCAAGAGGAAGAAAAAGGACCUCAAUAAGCACCCCGCCGUGGGCAUCUACAACAGCAACGUCAACACCCAGGCACCCGAGCACCCCCAGAAAUUCCGGAAGAGACGGAAAGACAACGAUUCUCACGUUUACGCGGUGAUCGAAGACACCAUGGUGUACGGGAACCUGCUCAAGGGAUCCAAUGGCUCGGUCCCCGAGGUGGACGUGUACCGCCCCUUUGAGGGACCCACGGGGAACGUGCCCCCCUCCCCGCCUCCCAUCUGUUCCAGGGCUGGGACGAAAAGGCCUAGCACCGAGGACUAUCCUCCCUCCCGUCCCGCUUCGGAAAGCGAGCCGUACACCUUUUCCCAUCCCAAGCCCGUCGAGCACACGGUCAACGGGGACACAGCGGUGCCCUUGCUGGAUAUCAAGGAGCAGGGGGAGCCGACGGAGCACUGACACGGAGCCGGACCACAGACUCCUUGGCAGGGAGCCGCCUGGCAUGUCGCGGGGCCGGCGGGGCCUGGAGGCAACCGAGGGGAGAGAAUUCUCUAGGCAACGAAGGGGCUGUGAGUGUGUGUGUUUGUGGAUGCAGCUUCAUCCUUUUCCCUUAAGCACCUCAAGCUUUGGCUUUCGCAGUGAACUGUGAGAACUCCAGUCGGUUGGUGCCUGCCACUGUUGCAGAUAUUUUCUCCCGGGAAGUGGCCAUCAGAGCCCAUCCCCGAUUUGUAUCAUGAACCUCUGUGGGCGGAAAAGCAGCAGCCCCCGGACCGAGGCUUGAAUGAUGGAGCCCAGCCAGAGGAGGGACGAACUGCAGGAGAGUGGUGAUCCUGCCAGCCGCUGGUUCCCUUGGGGAGAGAGAGAGAGGCGAGAACCUGCCGCCCAACUUUCUUCUGGCAGCUUGGCCCUCCACGUGCUAACUUCCAGGGAGGUGCCUCCGCUUCACAGGGUGAACAACGCUAGAAAAAGCAGCAUAUCUGACGAGAGAACUCUUCAAAUUGUUCUGGUGAAGGGAAUACUGAAGAGCCAAGAUUUCAGCUCUCCUGGGAUGGAGACAUGACUGGGGCUUCCUUGUUUGCAGCAAGAUGUGGGAUUAGAUGUCCCACAUCGCCUUGGGAGUAAAUUGCUCCAGAACUCCUUCAUCGCAUUCCUCAUGUAAGAGUCACCGUGGCUUUUGUGCUCCCCAAGUAUGUACUGAAUGCCCUCCACUUCUUAUUUUGCUUUGGUUUGGUGUCAGAGAUGGCGGCUUGUUCCAACCCUGUCAUGCUUAAGGGAGGCACGCUUUUUCCCCCUCCCCUUUAAAAAUAAGAAAAUGAAAUGUUUGAGGGACAAACAUGAUGUUGAGUUGGCGCUCUCUCUCUCCCACCUGAUUCCCUGACUUUCCUCCCAGCACUACCAGUUACUCAAGGAAACUGCUUCAGCCUGAAUGUCUACUGAAAGGACAGCUUCAGAAAAUGGAACUCAGCUUGUCUUUGCCAGUGGGUCUUUUAGUGUGUCUUUAAGUCUUCACUGGGUAAGGAUUUAUCGUGGCCUAUUUCUAAAGGGACAAGAUUGAUGAAAACCCAGCAGGCGGAGAAAAAAGUGUACUCCAUGGUGGCUGAACUCCGGCUCUCUGCCACCUUGAAGCCAGUUCAGAUUAUUGGUGAUGGGUAGAGUGAGUUCUGCCGAAACCAGUUCGUUCCAUGUUGAUGUCCAACUUGAAUUGCAUUUUCAGAAAACAGCCUGUCCCCUGUGGAAUGUCUCUGAGUGUGCUUUGGCCCUGUUCCCCAAGAAGGACUCAUCCGCCUUUAAGGGUGCCUCUUGUCCGUAUUUCUGUCGGCACUUUGUGAAAACAUAUAAAGAAGCAGAGGCAGCAUAAGUCAGGUAUCUGGAAAAUCAGGCUCUGCCUUGACUUCUCCCAGGAGCCUGUUUUAUUUCCACAAAGAGAACUCUGCAGUCGGCCAAUUUCUGCUCGCUCCCAUGUUGUUCAGACAGACUUUUUCCCUUCAUACUUUGGCCAAGGAAAGGAGCCAAUUCUUUUUUUUUUAAUGGCCUUCCAGUAACCAUCAAUGCAUUAAUUUGCAGUAGAUCUUGGGUUAGGUAGUCAACAUUAUCACAGUUCUGUUUGUCACUCUUUGACCAACACUGGCAAAGUUACCUAGCACCCACUCAGAAGUGUUCGGGUGUUUGGGUUUCAGAGCGGUUGGCGAUCAUUUUUUCCCAUUUGGCAUGAUGCCAUCCUAUGCCAGGGCCUCCUGCUCCCUGGACCUGGGGACAGUCCGUGUUCUUAAGGUCCCGGAUCCCGGAUCCUGACGCCCACGUCCCCUCUUCCCACAAAUUAGGUGGUCCUACUUGUGGCCUAGAUGCCUUCUUAAAGAGGGGAAAGGCUCUCUCCUUACAGGAUAUGUGUGUUUCUUUCUAUCUCCUGUGGCAGAGCGAGUUCUGGCUCCACGUCCUGUUCCCAUGAAUCUCCGGGGUUCAGACAGAAAGUAACUUAUUUGCUGUAACAUAUGUCUUGUUUUUUAGGGUGGCAUGUUAUUCCUUUCUUA